AUGGUGCUUACAAGAUCCCGGUCGGCCACGCCGGCAAGGUCGAUCGCAGCUUCUUUCGGUCCCUCCAGCAAGGCCUCAAUCACGAGCCGAGCAGUCCCGGCGAAACGUGGACUUCAACGAUCAGCGACAGAUAGCACGUUGGUCGCAUCAAAAGAGGCAGCGAGUCCUCAAAAGAAGGCAAGAACGGCCUCACAAUCCGCCUCAACCUCGUCAACAUCUAGCGCAGCCAAGGCCGCACGCUCAGGCAAAGAAAAGGCGCUAGAAGAGCCCUUCGUCAUUCCGCACGACGCGAGCGAAGAGGACUGCUUGACAAGGACCACCGUCCCAUUCCCAGCGCUACCUUUCGACCUCUCACAAGCGCAAGCCCAUCUGUGCGCCGCGGAUGGUCGCUUUGAGCGCCUCUUCCAGAAGGUCCCCGUGCGCUGCUAUGAAGAGGCCAUAGACCCAUCCGCAUCCGACACGAAAGACCUCAACCUCUUCAAGACAGUCACCACAUCCAUCCUCGGACAGCAGAUCUCGUGGCUGGCCGCAAGAUCUGUGCUGUAUAAAUUUUGUCGACUGUUUUUCCCGGAGUCCAUGCCGGAGAAGCCUGACUUUGUCGGCUUUCCACGUGAACAAUGGCCAUUCCCAACGCCACUGAUGGUCCUGCGCAGGCCGGAUGCUGACCUUCGAGCUGCCGGUCUUUCGUUCGCCAAGAUCAAGUACGUCAAAGAUCUCGCCGCUCGCUUCGUAGAUGGACGGCUAGACAUCCGUCAGAUCCUGGAGCUCGACGACGAGGAAGCAUGCAUCACCGAGCUGAGCAAGGUCAAGGGUGUUGGUCGAUGGACUAGCGAGAUGAUUCUCAUGUUUGCCGUACGCAAGCCCGACAUCCUUCCCUGUGCCGAUCUUGGCGUACAAAAGGGCAUGCUCAACUUCUUCCUCAGUGAUUCUCAAGGUCCAAAGAUCAGCAUCAAGAAGCGCAAACCAGGCGAGGAGGAGCCAGAGGACAGUGCAGUCGACAAGAAGACGAAGAAGACUCCGGCCAAACUUGAGAUCAAGGCAGAGGAGGGACCACUAGAGCCGACACAGGAGAAGGGGGACCAGGUACCGCUUCUCGCUCAAACCGAGAUCAUGCCGAAGCCUGAGCCUGGCUUCAAGGCGGAACAAGAGGCUGGAGAGUCACUCGACCACCUAAUUGCCAAUGAGCAUGGGCUCAGCCGAGCAGUGCUGCAGUCUCGGGUCAAGGGCAACAAGAUCAAGGGCGGUCAGUAUCUCAGCCCCGAUGAGAUGAAGGCGCUCGCACAGUCAUGGUCACCGUACCGCUCCGUAGCCUGCAUGUUCAUGUGGGCCCUUGUCGACACUUGA